UAAAAAACAUAUGGAUCAUAACCAUCAAUUUCUCAAACUAUAAGGUGGUAAACUGAACAUUGCACAAUGAUAAAUAACUAUCACCUCCACAAGCUUCAAAAGCUAAUCACGAGGGAUGGAAGCAAUUGCAGUUCUUUGUGUUCUUGGAGUAGCAACAAUCAUGGGGUUAUAUAUAUGGAGGAUUUCCAACUGGUUGUGGUUUAAACCAAAAAAGAUAGAAAAAUUUCUAAGAGAUCAAGGUCUUAGAGGUAACUCUUAUAGGUUUCUUUUUGGAGAUUUGAAAGAGAUGAUGCAGAUGACAAGGGGUGCCAAAUCGAAACCCAUGAAUCUUACUCACGAUAUAGUUCCUCGUGUGUUGCCCUUCAUCCAUAAGUCAAUCGCAACUCAUGGUAAGAUUUGCUUCACAUGGAUGGGGACAAAACCUAUGGUGCACAUAUUUGAACCAACUAUGAUACGGGAAAUUUUGGCGAACUAUUAUCAAUUUCAAAAGCCAUGGGGUAGACAUCCGUUAACAAAGUUGCUACCAAGAGGAUUAAUCAAUUCAGAAGGUGACCAAUGGAUUAAACAUAGAAAAAUCAUCAACCCCGCAUUCCAUGUCGAGAAGCUUAAGCAUAUGGUACCUGCAUUUUAUUUGAGCUGCAGUGAGAUGAUCGAAAAAUGGGGGAAACUGGUAACCAAAGAAAGCUCGUGUGAAGUGGAUGUGUGGCCUCAUCUACAAACCUUUUCAAGUGAUGUAAUUUCACGUACAUCAUUUGGUAGUAGUUUUGAGGAAGGAAAAAAGAUUUUUGAAUUUCAAAAAGAACAAGCUGAGUUGAUUAUAAAGGGUAUACAGUCGAUUUUCAUUCCAGGAUCAAGAUUUUUGCCAACAAAAGACAACAAGAGGUUGAAAUAUAUUGACCGUGAGGUGAAGGCUUCAAUAAAGAGCAUUAUUGAUAAACGAGUGGUUGCAAUGAAAGCUGGAGAAACUAUUAAUGAUGACCUUUUGGGUAUUCUUUUGGAUUCCAAUUACAAAGAAAUCAAACAACAAGGGAGUAGCAAUUUUGGAUUAAGCAUUGAGGAAGUAAUCGAAGAAUGCAAACUUUUCUACUUUGCAGGACAAGAGACAACGGGAAAUAUGAUUGUUUGGACAAUGAUUUUAUUAGGUCAACACACAGAUUGGCAAACACGUGCUAGAGAAGAAGUCUUACAUGUCUUAGGAGAUAAAAGACUAGAUAUUGAUGGGUUAAGUCACUUAAAAGUUAUUAACAUGAUUUUCAAUGAGGUUCUUAGACUAUAUCCACCAGCAGUAAUGUUAAGACGACUGAUACAUGAAGAUACCAAAUUAGGUAAGUUAACCUUACCAGCAGGAACCCUUAUCCAACUAAACACAUUGUUUAUGCACCAUGACAAAGAUAUGUGGGGUGAAGAUGUGAACGAAUUUAAUCCUGAGAGAUUUUCUGAAGGUGUGUCAAAGGUGACCAAGGGUCAAUCUACAUAUCUACCAUUUGGAGGUGGCCCUCGUAUAUGUAUUGGCCAGAAUUUUGCUAUGCUAGAAUCAAAAAUGGCACUUGCUAUGAUUUUACAAGGCUUUUCUUUUGAGCUAUCUCCAUCGUACUCACAUGCUCCACAUACUAUAAUCACUCUACAACCUCAGUUUGGUGCUCACUUGAUUUUACACAGACUUUAGGUGGUUUGUUUCACAUAUUUUAGUUAAUAAAACUAUGUUGUAUUAUACUUUUGUGGUUACAGAUCUAUUCAACUGUAACAUAUGUAUUAUUUAUAUCAUUAUGUAUUGUAAUCAAUCAUGCAUAAUGCAAAUGGAUA